AUGGACACCGAAAACCUAGCAACCAUCGUCCUACAGGGCCACGUGGACAAACUCAUCAUCGAACGCGCGAUCACGAACGCGCUCGAGCUGGGAUUCGAGGACGCGUUCAUCGUCGAGUCGGAGACGCCCUCGCGUGCGGCCAGUCCGUGCGAAUUCUUCAACCACGUACCACCAGCGAUCACUUGUCGUGUGGCGACGCAGGUGUAUACGGAGACGGGAGCGUUGACGGAGCUGAAGGCGUGCGAGUUUGUCGCGAGGAGGCUCACCGAUGAAGUCGAUUCUCCAGCGUCGGAGCUGUGGUCGAAACCGCCCAGCAUAUCAACGUCCGAGGCAAGGACCACCUCGAGUGAUGCAACACCUCGACGACUGGGUGAACGAGAGAAUUUCAGGGUGCCUGGAUCGUAUGCGACAGAUAUCCGGCCGAUCGGUGGGAGACGCGCCUCUACGGUGCCAUGGUUCUAUGAAGGAGAAGACCCGUGGUUCAUUAUGGCCAUAUGGUACGUGUGA